AUGAGUUGGUACAAAAUUGGGGCACAAAUAAAUACCUCGUCCUCAUUUCAGAAUGUUCGCACAGUGUUGCUCUCGGUGAUUUCGCUGCUGAAUGAACCCAACACAUAUUCUCCGGCCAAUGUGGAUGCCUCAGUCAUGUACAGGCGCUGGCGAGACUCCAAAGGAAAGGACAAAGAAUACGAGAACAUCAUAAGGAAACAAGUGAUGUCGUCACGAGUGGAGGCAGAGCGGGAUGGAGUGGUGGUGCCGCUCACGCAGGAGGAUUACUGCAUUAAAACCAAGGUUAAACCUGAUGCAGAACCUGUGGACAUGUACGACUUCUAUGACGACGACUAUGAUAUUGAUGAUGACGAUGAAGAAGAGGAGGAGGAGGACCUUUCUGCAGAAAUUGAUGACGGUGACGACAGUGGAAAUGGAGAGUCGUGAUAGGCUGGCGGUGGCAUUGGAGGACGUCUGGUUUCCGGCUCGAGUGCUUAAACGUCCAUAAGGAAUAGAAGACAGAAAAUAAGUCAUUCAUGGUAUACUUGUUCAUGGUGUUGCUGAUGAUGUAAAUGGAUCUUGAGUUUCUCCUGAAGUGCUGUGGUGAUAUAGGAGGAAGGUUAGUGGAAACUUCCACCGCUCCUCUUCCCAUACAUCAUGCUUCCCUCACACUCUUACUACUAUUGGCCCCACACAGCUGAAGACUUUGCCCCCAUACUUUUAAGGACUAGGCUCCUCAGAACUAAACAUUUGGCAGCAGUUGAAGUACUUACCUCAUUCUGCUGAAGGUUUAGUUCCAUACAGCUAAGGACUUAAAUUUGCUGGUUUGGACUGUGUCACAUUAGACUAAGAACUUUGUUUUCAGCUGAGGUCAAGUACAGUAGAAAUUAGCCUACACAAUGAUCCGCAACCAAGGACAUUGCACCACAAUUGAAGGUUUAAUGUCACUAGAAAUGACUCUUCCCAAAUGCAUAAUUUUUGGUUACACACAACAAGGGACUUUGCUCCAUAUAGGUGAAAAUUUAUGGUGUACAGCCGAGAACUUGGACUACUGUACAGAGCUGAGGAGAGUCAGGUUCCCUCAGAACACAUGGUAAAUGACUGUUUUCCACAUUGUGGUGUUCCAUGAAGUGAAAUGUGUGGACCUGACUGAUGUUCCUGACAUGCUCUUAAAACUGCUCCAGCUGUUUAUGAACUCUGGAUCUAACAGUAGCAACAAUACUGUGAAUUAAUUUUUGCAAUUUUAUCUUCUGAUAAAUCAUUAAUUUGUAAUGUGAAGUUAUGAGAGGAAUAGUUGCAAAAAAAAUGAUUUGAUGGUUGUUUCAUGGAUUACCUGUGUAAUGAGAAGGGGUCUGAAAUGUAAAAGAAAAUGUGCAAUUACUGCAACUUUGUUGAUGGAAGACAUGUAUUGCCUCCACUGAAAGUUUCAAAGUAUUGGCAUUAAGGAAAUGUAAAUGACAUAGUAGGAAGACAAGAGAGUGACUGUAGAGAUGAAUGUGACAUUGUGUUGCUUGGUGACCUGCCUCCCUGACAGUGCUUCAGUGAGAAAAUGUAAGGAAGGAGGACACUCAGGUUAGCAGUGUGUGGUGUAGGAUAAUACUUCUAGUAGUGAUAAUGUGUAUGUCUGAGAAAGUAUGCCAUUAAUACCAUGUCAAAAAAUUCUCCAUUUCCUUUCUUAAAAUUCUUGCUGCAAAGUAUGACUCCCCCUGUCAUUUUUUUUCCCACUUCACAAAUAAUAAAUCCAUCCAAAUUUAGAUAUAUACCUACUUUCUGCUACAUGGCCUCAAUAUGACCCAACCACACAGUGAGGGCAUAUCACACUGUGGGUCACAUGUUAAGCUAAGCUAACACCUAGGCCACUUCUCAACCACCUUAUGGGCACUUUUCUGGGCCACCUUGGAGCUUCCUUCAUAGAUGCUGAGUGUUGGGAAUUUUGUUUGUAUACAAUGUAAAUUCUGAUUGACUCCCUUUGAAGUUUACUUUCCACAAACUAAGCUGCCCAAGGGGAGACUAUGUGGAAGAGUUGACUUGAAAGAUAAAUGGAGGAGGUUAACUGCAGGAGAUUCAUUGUACAUAUCUCAUUGUCAUAUUUAUAAUCACCUUUUCUGUGAACAAAUGAUAUGAGGCAUGUUACCAUGAUGAGGAAACAACAUGAGUUUAAAGUGACAGUUCUCCUACAACAUUUCAGCAGCUCAAUGCCUGUAAAUGGACAUUUGCUCAUUUCUCUGUUGUGUUCUCUCAGUUAUGAUGUUGAAAGUAUUACCUUUAGUAGAGUUCAUAACAAUAUUGGCACAUGACCUCACAAAGUAUACCUUUUUGCACCAUAAAAAUCCUUGAAUUGAUAUAUUAGAAACUGAUUUUUAAUAGCAUUCUUUGUAGUAUAGUGUCCAAAAAAAUAUUCUUUGUAUGUAUGAUAUUUUUAAAGUUGCAACAUCACGUUGAUUUGUGCAUUAAGCAUUUAAGUAUUUACCUGUCGUAUUUUGUUCCUAGUGCAGAUAUUU